CCUUGCUUGAUCACCCUUUACUCUUUCCAUUUUACUUUUACCUCAAAGAGAUUUCCUUCCUCCCUUCUCUUUCCUUAUUACUGUCGCCCUCUUUUUAAUCAUUCUCCUCUCGUCCUCCUCUUUUUAUUCCUUUCCUCCUCCUCCCUCUAUACAUACAUACAAUGAAAUUCUUUCAGGCAUCACACAAGUUUGACCAUUCAUGGGCGCAAGUCACAGCUGCCAACUGGAUGAAAUACCCUAAUGAACAAUGUCCACACGUUGUCGCAGUCGAUGUUCUUGAUCGUUACGUUGAUCCUGAGACUGGCAUCUUGCAUACAGAGCGUCUUUUGACUUGCAAUCAGAGUGCCCCUGCUUUAGUCUUGAAGUUUCUUGGCGGAUCUACAGUUUCAUAUGUCCGUGAGACCAGCGAACUGGACCCUAAAACUAAAAAGCUGACUAUGAAGACUCAAAACUUGACCAUGUGCAAUGUUCUUAAAAUCAAUGAGACAGUCACUUAUACUGUUCAUCCUCAGGAUUCUUCCUCGACCAUGUUUCGCCAGGAAGCUCAAAUUAUGACAGGAUCUGCAUUGUCUCGUUUCUCAUCUUAUAUUGAAGACUUUUGUUUGACUCGCUUCCGGGACAAUGCGGCUGUUGGCCGUGCAGGAUUCGAGAUGGUUCUAGAGAAAUUGAAGGCGGCCCGCUUGGAAGCAACACAGCAACUUGCUGUUGCAGCAGCGCAGGCAUGAACAAACGCAUCUGAAUUUUUUGUUACACGCUAUUCAGCACCCCGCACGAAGCAACUGUCUAUCUAUGACUGCCUAUUCCUUUUAUGGUGCAAUCUCGGAUGAUCUCGGAGCAGCGGACAAAUUGUGCCGUAUGCACUGACCUUGCUCAUGGGGGUAAUAUUUAGGUUGAGGCGCGUCGUAGAUUUUUUUUUUGCUUAGCAUUUUUUGUAGAAACAAAACCAAAACCAACUGCACUUGUAUAAUAAAUCCCACUCAUUCAUAAGUCAUGCUAUAUAUAGUGGAGCGGAUAAACAGUAAAAAACAUGUCUUUGAUCAAGCUUACAACAGUGCUGCCUUUAUUUACAAAUAUCGAAGUUGAAUAGAAAAGGAGACAG